GGCGGCGGCGGCGGGUUCAGCGCGUCCGCGGCGGAGGACAUCUUCGCGCAGUUCUUCGGCGGCGGCGGCGGCGGGAACCCGUUCGGCGGAUUCGGCGGGAUGCCCGGCGGGCGCAAGAAGGCGGACCCGAUCGAGCAGUCGCUUCGCUUGACGCUAGAGGAAAUGUACUACGGGUGCUCGAAAAACCUGAAGCUCACGCGCACGGUGAUGCGCGGGGACGUGGAGCAGAGAGUCUCGGAGACGCUCACGAUCGACGUCAAGCCCGGGUGGAAGAAGGGGACGAAGAUCACGUUCCCGGAGAAGGGCGACGAGGCCCCGGGGGUGAUCGCCGCUGACAUCGUGUUCGUGAUCGACGAGAAGAGGCAUCCGCAGUUUGAGCGCGACGGGAACGACCUCGUGAAGACGGUCAAGGUGGACCUCAGCGAGGCGCUGCUCGGCGCCAACGUGUUCGUGACGACGUUGGACGGCAAGUCCAUCAACGUGGAGGUGAAGGAGGUGAUCGACCCCAAGUACGUCAAGGUGCUGAUCGGCGAGGGGAUGCCGCUGAGCAAGUCCCCGAACUCGCGCGGGGAUCUGAAGAUCAAGUUCGAGGUGGCGUUUCCGAAGACGCUCGACGACGACCGGCGGAAGAAGCUCAGAGAGGCGCUCGACGGGUGCGAGUACUGAUCGAUUCGACGCGACGCGUUUCGAUUUGGAAAAGAAAGAAGCGUCGGGGGGAGGGUGACGGGGGGAGGGCGGCGGGGGUGUGGCGGUCGCGUUGUUAUGUAUGUCGAGAUGCCGCGCGGUGUUCCACCGCGCGGCGCGGUUUCG